GAAAACUGGUUUAUAAAAGCUCUACUUGCUCAUACAUUUUUGGGGCGUCAGGAUAUUACAGUUAAGGAAAAUUAUUUUUAGAAGUAAAAGAAUGGUUAGUUUUAAUGAUUGUAAGCCUGUAAUGGUGAUGGUUGGGUUACAGUUCAUUUAUUCAGGAGUUGCUCUCUUCACCAGAGCCGCUCUUGUACAAGGGCUGAACCCCAGAGUCUUUGUAGUGUACAGGCAAGGCAUAGCAACUUUGAUUAUGGCACCUCUAGCUUUUCUUUCAAGAAGGAAAAGUUCAUGCAAAUGUUCUCUGAGACUAAAGAGCUUUUCUUGGAUUUUGCUUGCUUCUGUUAUUGGUAUAACAGCCAAUCAAAAUGCAUAUUUUGAAGGACUUUACUUAACCUCUUCAACUGCAACAAGUGCAAUGACUAAUCUAAUCCCUGCUAUCACCUUUGUAAUGGCAACUAUUUUUGGAUUGGAGAAAGUAAAUAUCAGAAGCUUAAGAAGUAUUGCCAAGAUAUUGGGCACAGUGUUGUGUGUAAGUGGAGCUAUUUCCAUGGCAUUACUUAAAGGACCUAAGCUCCUAAAUACAGAAUUGCUACCACCAAAAUCUUUCUUCAGCCCUGGAGGACACAACUGGUUGAUGGGGUGUAUACUUCUCUUUGGAUCCAGUUGUUUCUGGUCAUCGUGGAUGAUUUUGCAGGUGCCAAUUUCAGCAAGUUGUCCGGACCACUUGUAUUCAUCUUCUUGGAUGGGUUUGUUGGCUACAAUAGAAUCUGCAGUGGUUGCAAUUUGUGCCGAAAAAAAUCUUACAGAUUGGAAGUUGAAUUCAUAUCUUGAAAUUUGUUGUUGCUUAUAUGCGGGAGUUGGACUGGCUCUGUCCUUUUUUGGUCAAGCUUGGUGCAUUUCUCAGAGAGGUCCUCUUUUCUCAGCAAUGUUCAAUCCUUUAUGCACAGUUAUAGUGACUAUAAUAGCUGCUCUAUUUCUACAUGAGGAGACAUAUUUAGGGAGUUUCAUUGGUGGUUUGGCAGUAAUAAUUGGUCUAUAUGUAGUGUUAUGGGGCAAAGCCAAAGAUUUUGAUGAAGAAAUUAAAAAGGAAGAAUCAUCAAUUGUAAAAGUGAUAAUUGAUGAGUCUUUAGAGAAGAAGAAUUUCAAAAUUGAUUUGGAAGAACCAUUUCUUUCUCAGAAACAUGACAGGGUUGCUGAAAAUAAUGUCAUUCCUUAAUGGUUAGACCCAUUUAAAUAAUGCACAAUUGUGACUGUGCAAUCAUUUUGGAUAAGGAUGGUUCAAGAUUCAAUUUUGCUGAAAAUUAUUGACAAGUUGUUAUCUUAGCAAGCCUCUUUUAUGAUUGGGGAUGGAAAACUUUUGAACACAAUGCGCUUAUAUCAAGCAAACUCUAAUUAAUUGAAUUAGGAUGCUUUACAUCA